AUGGGUGAACAUUCACCUUCCCAACCGUCGUCACCUACACAAAUUCAACCGCAAUCGCCCAAACCCGAAACCUCUAAUCCAAUUCCACCGGAAACUAACGAUGGUGACUCCGCCGGAGUUUCUGGAUCAAUCGUCUCAUCAACCACAAUUGAAGCACCAGGGGUCACAGAAUUAGGCAAUGUAUCGUCUCCGCCUUCCAAAAUCCCACUCCGUCCUCGAAAAACCCGGAAGAUUUCACCUGACGACGACUCCGCCGUAAACGCUAACAUCGACGGAUUCAAGGCGGAGAAUAGCCCCUCUCAGAUGAUGAUUCCGCUCGCUACAACUGCGAAACCCGCCGCGAAGAGUAAACUACCACUGUCGCGCGCUGUAACCGCGCCAAGAAUCCACGCGAGGUCUCUCACCUGUGAAGGCGAGCUCGAGGCAGCGAUUUGCCAUCUCCGGAGCGUGGAUCCUCUUCUCGGAUCGUUAAUCGAUAUCCACCCGCCACCGACGUACGAGUCUUUCCACACUCCGUUCUCGGCGCUGAUCCGAAGCAUUCUCUAUCAGCAGCUAGCGGCCAAAGCCGGCAAUUCAAUCUACACACGCUUCAUCGCCCUAUGCGGCGGCGAAAACGGCGUCGUCCCUGAGAACGUCCUGCCUUUAACUCCGCAACAGCUCCGUCAAAUCGGCGUCUCGGGCCGGAAAGCGAGCUACCUUCACGAUCUCGCAAGAAAAUAUCAAAACGGAAUCUUGUCGGACUCUGGAAUAGUGAACAUGGACGAGAAGUCUCUGUUCACGAUGCUAACGAUGGUGAACGGGAUUGGCUCGUGGUCGGUUCACAUGUUCAUGAUAAACUCUCUUCAUAGACCCGAUGUGUUGCCGGUUAACGAUCUCGGCGUGAGGAAAGGUGUGCAGAUGCUUUAUAACUUGCCGGAGUUGCCUCGUCCGUCGCAAAUGGAGCAGCUUUGCGAGAAAUGGCGUCCGUAUAGGUCAGUAGGGUCUUGGUACAUGUGGCGGCUCAUUGAAGCUAAAAGUACUCCGUCGAAUGCUGCUGCGUCGGUGACUGCAGGAGCUGCGCUUUCGUUUUCACAUUUGGAAGACAUUCCACAACAACAACAACCGCAACAACAGCAUCAGCAACAACAGUCACAGCUUAUGGACCCUCUUAAUAACGUGUUCACUAUCGGGGCAUGGGGGCAAACGUAG